UUUCGUUUUGAUGGUAAUUUGUUUGUUUAAAAUUUUAAAUUAAUUAGUUAAUAUUUGUGUGAUUUUAAUAAAUUUAGUAUCAAAAUGAAGCUAAAUAAAUAAGGAAUACAAUUAUCUAAAAAUAUAAUAGUAAAGUAUUCAUUUUAGUAGAGAAAAUUGUCGGCAAACUUUUAAAGCCAAGAUGGCGUCAUUUCGGUGAUAAAUGAUGGAAAUAUUCUUUAUUUCUGUGUAAACUAGAAAAAUGUUUGUGGAUGCUGAGGCAGUGUUUAUGUAUAUUGGAGAAAUUGUUGGAAAAUAUGAAGAAAUUAAUGAAGGAGCUAAUAUUAUUCCUGCGAGUUACGGUAAAAAGAACGGCAUGUGGUAUGCUUCACCGGGCAAUCAGGGCUGGGGCUCAAAACCUGCCAGUCGUAAGCCAUCAAUAAUGGAAGCGGAUUUGGGUACAUUAUCAACCACAUCGGGCUCGAUAAAACGUAGCGCCGGACGUGUGAUACGUAUUAUCAAUAAUUUGGAUCAUUCCGUGCAGUGUCGUGUUUUACUCAAUCUACGCACUUCUCAGCCAUUUGAAGAAGUACUGGAAGAUUUGGGUCAAGUACUGAAAAUUAAUGGCGCCAAGAAAAUGUAUACGGGCACAGGACAAGAGGUACGCAGUUUCUCCCAAUUGCGCAAUGAAUUUGCCGAUGUGGAUACUUUUUAUUUGGCCACUGGUACUGCUCUAAUUGCCGGCUCUCCUAUAAGACGUUCAAGGUCCAGGCCCUCGGUAAUGGCGGCCGCUCCUAUUUUACCAACAGAAGAUCUUCCAAAGGUUCCUUUACGUGGUGCUAGACCACGCAGUAAAAGUCGUCCUCGCAUAUUAUAUGCUCCUGAAAGUGAAAUAUUACGCACAAAUGGUGAAUACACCAUGUUGGAUAUGAUGAAAGAGGAUCCCACCAAAGUGACUAUAAGGGGUCUACGAAGAACAUUCUAUCCACCAGCACAUCAUGCACCAGCUGAUAAUACACCACCAGAUAAGAAACUACAAUUACAGUGGGUUCAUGGCUAUCGCGGCAUAGAUGCCCGUCGCAAUUUAUGGGUUUUACCUUCAGGCGAACUUUUAUAUUAUGUGGCCGCAGUGGCAGUUUUACUAGAUCGUGACGAAGAUGCCCAGCGCCAUUAUACCGGACAUACAGAAGAUAUUAUGUGCAUGGACGUUCAUCCUUCCCGUGAACUGGUGGCAUCGGGUCAAAAAGCCGGUCGAGAUCGUAAAUCGCAAGCUCAUGUACGUAUAUGGAGUACAGAAUCUUUGCAAACUUUAUAUGUUUUCGGAAUGGGAGAGUUAGAUACGGGAGUAACAGCAGUAGCCUUUUCGCAAUUAAAUGGAGGCAGUUAUAUUUUGGCAGUAGACAGUGGGCGUGAAAGUAUACUCUCGGUAUGGCAGUGGCAAUGGGGACAUCUAUUGGGCAAAGUGGCGACCUUACAAGAGGGCCUUUCUGGUGCUGCCUUUCAUCCUCUCGAUGAUAAUCUUAUAAUUACUCAUGGUCGCGGUCAUUUGGCCUUCUGGCAUCGUCGUAAAGAUGGUUUCUUUGAACGUACCGAUAUUGUUAAGCAGCCCUCACGAUCUCAUGUCACUAGUGUACAAUUUGAACCGGAUGGUGAUGUUAUAACAGCAGACUCGGAUGGUUUUAUUACCAUCUACUCGGUGGACUCGGAUGGUGCCUAUUUUGUGCGCACCGAAUUUGAGGCUCAUACCAAGGGUAUUGGCUGUCUGAUAAUGCUGGGCGAGGGCACUUUGCUGUCGGGUGGUGAGAAGGAUAGAAAGAUAGCUGCCUGGGAUUCUUUGCAGAAUUAUAAGAAAAUAGCAGAUACUAAGCUACCCGAAUCCGCUGGCGGAGUACGCACUAUAUAUCCCCAACGUCCUGGGCGCAAUGAUGGCAAUAUCUAUGUGGGCACCACCCGCAAUAACAUUUUGGAGGGUUCUCUCCAAAGACGUUUUACACAAGUUGUUUUUGGUCAUGGCCGCCAGCUGUGGGGUUUGGCUGCCCAUCCCGAGGAUGAUUUAUAUGCUACCGCGGGUCAUGAUAAACAUAUUGCUCUGUGGCGCAAGAGUAAACUUAUAUGGACCAUACAGACGGGCUAUGAAUGUGUCUCUUUGGCAUUUCAUCCCUUUGGUACGGCCCUGGCUGCUGGCAGCACUGAGGGUCAUUUGUUAGUUAUUAAUUGUGAGAAUGGCGCGGUGAUGCUGACGCUGAGAGUGUGUGGUUCGCCUAUUAAUUGUGUGGCCUUUAAUCAGGUUGGCGAUAUGAUUGCCAUGGGUUCCCAAAAUGGCAGCAUUUAUUUAUUCCGUGUUUCGCGCGAUGGUUUCUCCUACAAAAAGGUCAACAAAAUACGCGGUUCCCAACCACUCACCCAUUUAGAUUGGAGCAUGGAUGGCAAUUUUGUACAGACAGUAACCAUAGAUUUUGAUUUCUUUCUGGGAUGCCAAUCCCUUAGUCCCGAACGUAGUCCCAUAGCGAUGAAAGAUGUCAAAUGGUUGACAAGUAAUUGUACGGUGGGCUUCCUAGUGGCCGGACAAUGGAGUAAUCGUUAUUACAGUAAUAGCAAUACUAUAAUAGCCACCUGUAGUCGUUCGGCGGCACAGGAUAUGUUGGUUUCUGGCGAUGCUGAUGGUUAUAUACGUUUAUUUAGAUAUCCUUGCAUAAGUCCUCGUGCUGAAUUCCACGAGGCCAAAGUCUAUUCGGGCAUGGUGGCCUGUGCUCGUUUCUUGUUUGGUGAUCAAACUAUUGUUACUGUGGGUGGCACCGAUGCCUCUUUGAUGGUUUGGGAUUUGGUUGAAGAAUAG